AUGGAGGCAGGAAGUCGUUUAUCUGCUGCUAGCGUGUUUUCAGUCUCACAUCUAGGACUUCAUUCAGCCGCUGUGUCAGGCGAUAUCAGACUAGUUCAAUUUGCUCUCAAUCAUGGACAACCUGUAAACUCCAUUUUAGACAGUGUUCUACCUUUACAUGCUGCUUGUGCAGAUGGUAAUGAUCUCAUAGUCAAUCUUCUCAUCGAAAACAGAGCAGAUGUCAAUGCAUCAAGACUUCCCCGCAGGUCCUCUGACUGCAGUCGUGACCCUGCUGCUCCUAUAGUUGGCACUUCUGGUGCAACCCCACUUCACUUCACUGCUGCAAAUGAUCAUACAAGCAUAAGCACGGCAUCACCCUGA